GACGUAAAAUAAUACCUACUAUAUAAUAAAAUAAUUACCUAGCGGAUGGCAAAUAAAACCUAGUUUAAUUAAUACAAAUUAUUUGUUAUUUUCUAAUUAAUCAAUAGUUUAUUAUAUCAAGCAAAAGAAACUAUGGUCCUAUAAUGAUAUCUGCACCACUUGAACUCGCGUAACAUGCUCAUUGCUCAACUAUAAAUAAUAAUAUUACAUAUCAAGUUCAUGAUUAGAACUAGAGAUUAAUGUAGAAUAGUUUUUUGUUGCGCCCCACACGCGUUUGCCGUUUGCGAUUCACUAUAUAAGACGAAAUAUUAAUUAUUAAGUAAACUAUGUCGAAUACAGUAUUUAAUGGUGUUUCGGAUAGAUACAAAGGUAUAACCGUUUUUUCACAAGAGGAACCUUGUGAGAAAGAUGAAUUUAAAGAAAAACUUUUAGAAUCCUUAAAAAAGUGGGUAACUGAAGAAAGAAGAUGUAUUUGGUUCAAAGUCAAUAUUAAGGAUGCAUCUUGGGUUCCAAUAUUAGCUGAUGAAGGGUUCAACUUCCAUCAUGCUAGAGGUGACUUUGUAAUGAUGUAUAAAUGGCUGCCCCUGGAUAGACCUGCAAACUUACCUCCUGCUUGUCACACAAACCUCGGAGUGGGAGGGCUUGUGCUAAACAGCAAGAAUGAAAUGCUUGUAGUGACUGAGAAACAUUUUGAUUACCCUCAUUGGAAGCUGCCUGGAGGCUAUGUGGAAAGAGGAGAAAAUAUAAAAGAUGCUGCAAUCAGAGAAGUUAAGGAGGAGACUAAUGUAGAUGCAGAGUUUGAUUCCAUGGUGACGCUACGACACACUCAUAAUGCAAUGUUUGGCAACUCGGACAUUUAUGUUGUAGUAAAGUUAAAAGCUACAUCAGACGAAAUUACAAAAUCAGAUCUAGAAAUCAAAGCAUGUAGGUGGAUGGAUGUAAACGAAUUUCUAAAUCAUCCUGAUGUACAUGAAUUUAACAGAUUCAUUGUAAGACAAGCUUUAGAUUUAAAAAAUAGAAAGAUCAAAUUUGAUCUUCAAAUGAACACAGUUAAAAUUUCUUCAUUUGUCCGAGAUAUAACAUGUCUUACAGUGGAAGAUAUUAAAGAGAGUUAAAUGCAUGCAAUUUCAUUGGUAUGAUGCUGUUUUAAUUUUAAACACAUAAAACAAAUAAUUGAUCAAAUCAUAAUUCAUAAACCAGAUUAGUUGAUAAAUUAUAUUCUAAAAAAACAAAUGUAAUAUAAUUAUUAAAUAAUACAAUUAUUUUUGAGAUGUAUAGUUGAAUAUGGCAAUAGUAGAGGAGCAUAUUAUUAUGAAAAUGAAAUUUAUUAGAGGUUUGAAUAUUGCAGACAUUUUUUUUCUAUUUUUUUUAACACACCUUCAUAUUAUCAUUAAUCUUAAAAGCUCAAUUUGGGCUCCUCUAGGCUCUAUGAAUAAAAUUCUCCUUUCAAUGUUUUUGACCGACACAUUCCUAGCACAAAAUAUAUUUAUGUAUGCAUAAUAUUAUAUUUAUAACUUUAAAAUUACUAAUAUUAUAUUUCAGUUUAUUAAUUAUUGUUACAAAUUUACAGGGUAUAUACAUUAAUCUGAUAAGCACAAUUUUUUAAGUUGUAAUUAAUUAAUAGGGGACCAGUUCACUAGUGUAAAAUAAACAAGCAUAUUUUUGUAUGGAAUGUAGGAAUCUUUCUUUCAAGUAUUGCCAGUCACAAGAAAAUUCUAGUCUUUACCAUCUUGACCGCAUACUUCAGAAACUAUACACUAAGACUGUUUAUUUCUUGUGUUUCUAUAUAAUUUAAUGAAUCUGUAUAAAUGUCACCAAUACUAUUAUUGUCUUACAAAAUUUAAAUUGCAACUUCAUUUAAGGAAAAUUAAGCAUUAUGGUUAUUGUAAUUGUUUUACUUAAUAAUAUGAUAUUAUAGAUUUUUUAUUUUACAAAGGUUUUAUUGUUUGUUAGUAUAUUUUUAUGUUAUGUUAAUCACUUCAUGUUAUAUUGCAGUUAUUAGUUUGUAUAGAUUUUAUGAAUUAUUGGUAAAAAAUAAAAUAAACAAAAUAUCA